AAUCUUGUUCUCAUUAACAAUUUCCUCAGUGUAGGAACUAGUUGAUCUAUUCUAUACUCUUGUCAUGUCUGGUCGUGGUAAAGGAGGCAAAGUAAAGGGAAAGUCAAAGACCCGCUCAAGCAGAGCUGGACUUCAAUUUCCCGUCGGUCGUAUCCACCGAAUGCUCCGUAAAGGCUCGUACGCUGAACGUGUCGGUGCUGGCGCCCCUGUAUAUUUAGCUGCUGUCAUGGAGUACUUGGCCGCUGAGGUACUUGAGUUGGCUGGAAACGCAGCUCGUGACAACAAGAAGACGCGUAUCAUCCCUCGCCACUUGCAAUUGGCAAUCCGCAACGACGAAGAAUUGAACAAACUUCUCUCUGGUGUCACCAUCGCUCAGGGCGGUGUUUUACCCAACAUCCAGGCGGUUCUCUUGCCCAAGAAGACCGAUAAGCCCGCCAAGGCCUAAUUUCUUCACCACUUCUCUUGUAAAAAAAAAGGCCCUUUUCAGGGCCACCACAUAUUACAGAAACGUCAAUAUGCCUCCGUCGUAUUUUUGAAAUCUAUUAAACUAAAUUCAAAUGACCAUAGAGUCUGAACUUGGAUUGGGUUUUCGUAGUGUCAAACGUUCGUUUCGCUCCGAAUGACUGCAAUCUUUGUGUACAAGGCCGUAGUCUAUUUUCUACCUGUUCCUUUUUGCCCCCUAUUCUUCCUACUAAAUUUAUCUGUAGUCGUGAUCGUAUGAACCCUUAAAUCCAAACUUUGAAAUCAAAAUGGGUAAACCCAUUUUACGAUUUGCCUGUUCCUUUUCAUGGAGUUGCCUUAUUUCUGUGAUAUUUGUUUUUAAACGCCACUAUUCUUAAGUCUUUUUAGAUAAUAAAUAAAAGCUUUUACUGGCUUUGUUCUGCGCAUGUAGAUAUGCUCAAGUGAUCACUCAUACAUGUCGGUCACCAGCCCAAUCAAUAGUUUCCCGAUCCUCACCAUGCCCGUUCACGGCAAGAAAUUGAAUCAUGUUGCUUUUUGAUUAUUUUUUAAUGCGAAAGAAGAAAACAUUUUAAUACAAUAAUUACCGAUUGAAACAGA